ACUUAGUAGAUUUUGUUUUUGUUUUGAAAAGAAAAUUUUCCUAUUUUAUAAUUUUCCCCUAUUUUUUAGUAAGCAUCUGAUACUAUAAUAUUAACCUUCAUGCCAAUAAUGGAGGUGUCUUUUCCCAUUAAUUUCCGCCUAAUGAAGCAAAAAAAUGGAGGGUUGUUCAAGGGCAUUUACAGUCAUUGUAAAAUCUUCAAAAUAAACAGUUACUAUCUUAUGGCCUUCACAAUGGACAAAGCCCGCCUGCCUGCCCGCCCCAUCACCGUCUCCUUCUCUAUAUAAACUGUAUUCUUCCUCAUUUGAACCAUUUUCAUUUUCAGACACCAUUUUCCCUCACAAUUCACUUGUUUCAGACAAUCAAUAUUUUGCUUAUCCUCUUUCUCCCCGUAAGUUGUGAUUAUUACCCAAUAUCCUCUAUUUGGUUCGUGAAAAUCCCACAGUAAACAAUUUUCUUUCUAUAUACAUCUUUGGCGCUUUGCCCAUUUUGUUUUUGAUUCUUGAUGCAAUGAUUACAAUUGGUUUCCUUAGCAAUUCCACCAUGAGGCCGUCUUGUAGAUUCCUUAUGACUCGAAAGACUCCGGGUAUUUUCGGGUCUGCAAAAUACCACCGUACUUUAACCAGCGAUUUAUCAACGAAUCAUGUCAGUUUUGAACAUAACAAACAAUUUUCCGCAUACCCUUUUCGAAUCUUCGGGUUUCGAAGCAUAAUCAAUAAUACCCAGAAAGUUUUUUGUACACCCAUUACGAAUUUUGGCCAACCUAGGCUUAUAUCAGGUUCUCCUUGUGGUGAUUGUGCUAGAAGAAGAAAAAGGAGGGGCGUUUCUCUUGUUGCUAGUGUUGCAUCAGAAGUGAAAGAAUAUUCAACUUCUGUUGAGACCAGAGUGAAUGACAAGAAUUUUGAGAGAAUUUAUGUUCAAAAUGGAAUUGGCGUUAAACCGUCGGUAGUUGAGAAGAUUGACAAAGAUGAGAAUGUUGUAGGAGAGGAAGCAUCUAGGAUAGGAAUAAAAAAUGUAAAUACUGAGAAUUUGGAGGGCGUUAAGGGAGUUAGGAGUCCUGGGAGGGAAGAGUCGGAAAUUGAAAAAGAGGCGUGGAAGUUGUUGAAUGAUGUGAUUGUCAUGUAUUGUGGGAGUCCUGUGGGUACGGUGGCUGCAAAUGAUCCAGGGGAUAAGCAGCCACUGAAUUAUGAUCAGGUGUUCAUCCGUGAUUUUGUGCCUUCAGCUCUUGCAUUCUUGCUUAGAGGAGAAGGAGAGAUUGUGAGGAAUUUCCUGCUCCAUACCUUGCAAUUGCAGAGUUGGGAGAAAACAGUGGAUUGCUAUAGUCCGGGACAGGGGUUGAUGCCUGCUAGUUUUAAAGUCAGAACUGUGCCUCUUGAUGGCAAUAAAUUUGAAGAAGUUUUAGAUCCAGAUUUUGGUGAAUCAGCUAUUGGCCGUGUUGCACCUGUCGAUUCUGGGUUGUGGUGGAUUAUUUUAUUGAGGGCAUACGGGAAAAUUACCGGUGACUACACAUUGCAAGAAAGGGUGGAUGUUCAGACAGGCAUAAAACUGAUCUUAAACUUGUGCUUAACUGAUGGGUUUGAUAUGUUUCCUUCUCUGUUGGUCACUGAUGGAUCUUGCAUGAUAGAUCGACGAAUGGGUAUUCAUGGUCACCCACUUGAGAUACAAGCCUUAUUCUACUCUGCUUUGCGUUGCUCUCGUGAGAUGCUGACUGUAAAUGAUGGGUCCAAGAAUUUGGUGAGGGCCAUCAACAACAGACUCAGUGCACUGUCAUUCCAUAUUAGAGAAUAUUAUUGGGUGGAUCUGAAAAAGAUCAAUGAGAUUUACCGGUACAAAACAGAAGAGUAUUCUAUGGAUGCCACCAACAAGUUCAAUAUCUAUCCUGAACAAAUUCCUUCUUGGCUCAUGGAUUGGAUACCAGAGGAAGGUGGAUAUCUUAUUGGGAAUCUACAGCCAGCACACAUGGAUUUUAGGUUUUUCACUCUUGGAAAUCUUUGGUCUGUUAUUUCGUCUUUGGGUACCCCAAAACAAAAUGAAGCUAUUCUCAAUUUGGUUGAAGCCAAAUGGGAUGAUCUUGUUGGAUGUAUGCCCCUUAAAAUAUGUUACCCUGCUCUGGAGAGUGAGGAUUGGCGUAUAAUCACUGGCAGUGACCCAAAGAAUACCCCUUGGUCAUAUCAUAAUGGUGGAUCUUGGCCAACACUUCUUUGGCAGUUCACCUUGGCAUGCAUCAAGAUGGGCAGAUUAGAACUAGCACAGAAGGCAGUUGCUUUGGCUGAAAAAAAGCUUGCAGUUGACCGCUGGCCUGAGUAUUACGACACACGAACAGGAAAGUUCAUCGGAAAACAAUCCCGACUAUAUCAAACAUGGACAAUUGCUGGUUUCCUGACAUCAAAAGUUCUCUUAGAGAACCCACAGAUGGCAUCGAUGUUAUUAUGGGAGGAGGACUAUGAGCUUCUUGAAAUCUGUGUUUGUGCACUUAGCAAGACUGGCCGGAAGAAGUGCUCUCGAGGUGCUGCUAAGUCACAGAUUCUCGUGUAGGGCGAUAGCAGUUCUGUCAAAAACAGAAUCUGUUAUUACUGUACAGCUCCAUACAUACACUAGCAAUUUCUUACAUAUUAAUUACUGCAUAAGAGCUUCAGUCUACUCUUCCGAUCGGUCUUGGGAUUUUGAAGACUAGGACAGCCACAAGUUUGUAUUGUGGUUCCUUAACAUUUCCACUAUGUGUAAAUUACUAAAUUCUUUGUAAAUUGUAUUUUAUUUUUUUUAAUUGAUUCUGAAUAGGAUUUGAACUCAAGGUCUCAAGAUUCUGGAAAUAAUCCAGUAUUGGCAUUAGUUAAAAAUUAGAUUCUAUCCUAUUUCUCUUCAUUUUUAAUAUCAUUUUGUAUUUUAAAUCUCAACUUUAAGUUUAUUUAAUGAAUUACUAGCUAAAUGGUUCAAA